CAUACAUACAACAGGUCCAUUGUGACAGUCUGCUGUUAGCCUUGUCACUCCAUCCAAUCCCUAUCUGAAGCCAUGGUUUUAGGGACGGCCGGAGUACUACAUUUCCCCCCAUUUGACGACCAAUGCGGGCCGGUACAACAAGUUCAUCGACUGGCUACAGAGUCUCGUCUACUGCCAAUACCCGUGCCUCAGAUAUGCAAAUAGCGUCUCAUACAUGGCUUUUGCAGCGCUCUCGGCGACAAGAUACACAUCAGCCAACUUCUUGUCUCUCUCCUCUGGGGAAAUGGCCUCGUGUCUGGAGUGAACCUAGCCGUCGGAUCCCGAAUAUGAUCACCUGGAGGAGCAGUCGGACUAUCUGUCAGGCAACAUUGUUUCAGACGUUGGCCUUGGUCGCUCACGAACAUACUAACGGCCACAAGCCACGCUCACUGCGUACUCGAGUUACAUCAAGCCCCUCCACCCCUCGUUUCCUCCUUCUGAGCGACUGUCGACUUUACCCCGCCAAACCGUCAAACCACCAAGACAACUUCCCUACCCCUCCGUACUCUCUUCAUCGUGUUCCUGUGUCGCGACCGGGGCCAUGCCGUCGGAUGGGAUCCUCACAGCAGUCGUUCGUUUUCCUGCCCAUCCGUUGGUUUCCCCGUGCGAUGCCGGUCAGGUCGCGUCACACCAACCGCACAGUACAUACGCAACGUCCCUUUCCCGUGGGGGAUCCUCUAUGUACAUUGGGGCACCAUUGACAAUGCAGCUUGAGGGGAGUGUAAGCCGGGGCAGCCGCACACGAGAUGCAAAUCCCAGACCGCCGAAAGGAUAUUGUAACCACCCAUCUCCGUGGCGGUGAGCUUACGAGAUGCUGCUGGUGGUGUUCUAACUGCAUACCUUCUCUCUAGGGUUCUUGACGACUUGGGAAGACGGCUGUGCCAGCGUUUGCUCCCAGCACUUCGUGUUCCCACGAU